GCAUCCUCUCCUCCUCCUCCUCCUCCUCCUCCUCCUCCUCCUCCUGCUGCUCCUGCUCCUGCUCCUCCUCUGAUGCUGCUGCUGCUGCUGCUUGUGACACUUGAUCGUCUCAGGUGGACUGGUCUCCUCUUGUCCGGCUCCUUUCGGGACUAACAUCAUGGGGGGAUUGGAUGCGCUCCGGCAGUUUAACUUGCUCACAUGGCUCAGAGAGGAGAGGCAGUCGAGGAAACUGAUUCUCUUCAUUGUCUUCGUCGCCCUGCUGCUGGACAACAUGCUGCUCACUGUGGUCGUUCCCAUCAUUCCCAGCUACCUCUACAACCUGGAUGAGAUGACAGACGUGGUGUCGAAGAACAACACCACGUUACAGCAGGAUCCUCAGGGAGCCUUCCACAGUAUUGUGUCCUUAUAUGACAACACCGUGAGGUUGCCUGGCUCCAACACCACAGCCAGGUCCGCUGGUCUGAUCCCUACGACCCCCGCGGCUCCAGCGCUGCCACAGAACUCCUCCGACUGCCCCCAGGCCAACAGCAGGCUGCUCAAUGAGAAUGUCAAAGUGGGAAUGCUGUUCGCCUCCAAGGCCACCGUACAGCUCAUCACCAACCCCUUCAUAGGGCCUCUCACUAACAGAAUAGGAUACCAACUUCCAAUAUUCAUUGGUUUCUGUAUCAUGUUCCUCUCCACUAUCAUGUUUGCCUUCUCAUCGAGCUACGCUCUGCUGUUUCUGGCCAGAUCGCUUCAAGGUGUGGGCUCCUCCUGCUCCUCUGUAGCAGGGAUGGGAAUGCUUGCUAGUGUUUAUACAAAUGAUGAGGAGCGAGGUCAUGCCAUUGGCGUCGCUUUGGGAGGGCUGGCACUGGGAGUGUUAGUGGGACCCCCAUUCGGCAGUGUGAUGUACGAGUUUGUUGGGAAGACUGCUCCUUUCCUUAUUCUGGCUUUCCUGGCUUUGUUUGAUGGAGCUCUGCAGCUCUUUGUUCUUCAGCCCACCAAGGUGGAACCAGAGAGUCAGAAGGGGACCCCGCUGCUGACACUGAUGAAGGAUCCAUACAUUGUAAUCGCAGCUGGUGCCAUUUGUUUUGGAAAUAUGGCCAUAGCCAUGAUGGAGCCAACACUGCCAAUCUGGAUGAUGGAGACCAUGUGUGCCAGGAAAUGGCAGCUAGGCGUCGCUUUCUUACCAGCGUCCAUCUCCUAUCUUAUUGGAACCAACAUCUUCGGCACGUUGGCGCACAAGAUGGGGAGAUGGCUGUGUGCUCUCAUUGGAAUGGUGGUGGUUGGAAUCAGUGUAAUAUGUGUUCCAUUUGCCAAUGACAUCUACGGUCUGAUUCUUCCUAACUUUGGUGUUGGCUUUGCUAUUGGCAUGGUGGACUCCUCUAUGAUGCCUAUAAUGGGUUACCUGGUGGACCUGCGCCAUGUGUCGGUGUAUGGAAGUGUGUAUGCCAUUGCUGAUGUUGCGUUCUGCAUGGGAUUUGCUUUAGGUCCAUCUAUUGGAGGAUCCAUUGCUGAGAGCAUCGGCUUCCCCUGGCUGAUGACCAUAAUUGGAGUAGUGGAUAUAUUCUUUGCUCCAUUUUGCAUCUUUCUCAGGAAUCCACCAGGACAAGAAGAGAAAAUUGCAAUUUUGUCGGACACCAACUGUUCCAUGAAGACGAUGUCCUACUCCACACAAGGGACACACGUUCAGGGUGAAAACAUGGAUCCAGAAUAUGACGAUUAUGAUUAACAGCGACACCAGCGAUGCAGGUUAAUCCUUCAGAGGAUCUAUUUUGUUGUACAAAAAAAAGGGAACACAGAAGAAAAAAAAAAAAUAGCAAUGAAACAACAGCCAAGAUAUUUCCAUGUGAAUGUCCUGCGUUCAGUCUUCACUGUUUAGUGUCUUCUUAGCAGUCGUACUGGAGCAAACCAAAGUUGUUCUUGAUCUGUGGUUGCAAGUGCAUUGUGUGAGAGAUAUUUUUUUAGCCAACAGCCUUAUUCAAUAGAGACAUGUGUCAUAAAGCACUUUUUAGACAGUAGGAGGGUGCUGAGCAACAAGAGUGUGGUGUGCAGUUUGGUGGUAUUUUGGGUAAUUGUGUGGUAUGUCAACAAACUGUUUGUGUAACCUCCAUAGAGAUGUGUUGGCCCGGUCUAUGGUCCUUGUUUGCAUUGUGAUGCUUAAGACUCCUCGGAGCCAGCUGUGUUGGGAAGUCAACACAUUUCAGCUGCUUAAGAAAAAGAUGAGAAAUACAUCCUGAAAAAAAAGAAUACAAGCAGAGAGAGAUGAUAUCAUUUUAAUAAAAGAGAAGCUCUGACAGAAAGAUCAUUUUAAGCCACUGUUCAUAAUGUGCACCGACACAUUCAUGUUAUCAUGACAAUGUCCACAGCGUUCAUCAAUUCAUCAGUGCAACACCCGUCAUGUCAUGCUCGCUUGUCUCAGUGUCUCUCUGUGUUCUGAAAAAAUAAAAAAUACUGUUUAUAUCCACCCACUGAUUCCAUUCAUUUCCACUUCAGUGUUUUCUCAGUCGACGUUAAGCUUCAGAGAAUUGUUCCCGUUUCUUUUAUUCACCUUAUCGUAACAUGGACAAUGUGAAAAACAAAAUGUAGGCAUUAGUGCGGAAGAAGUGGGAAGACUAGAAUUAAUAGAUGAUUAUGAAAAGAAAUAGAGACAAAGAAAAAAUGAGAGCAGCAUAGUGGUGAGUAUGACAUGACUGCUGUACAAAUGGAUUUAUAAUGUGUGUUGUAGAAGGCUGAUGAGUGUCUCUCUUCUUUUUACCUUCUAAAGCCUUUACUAUUGACCAGCCUGUGUGUGGUGUCCCAGUCACAGCCACAGUAUUAACUGCUGGGAUGAGGGGAUUGUUUGAACACCAGCUUUGAGAAUUUGCAUGUAUGUUCGGCUGGAGUAUCAUUCACAGCACAUCUGUCACAUUUCCAUUGGACACAGCUGUGAAAACUCUACACCCUGUUUCCUAAAAGUUUCCAAUUGUACCCGGACACGUUUCCCACCGCUCUCCUACUUUAACAUUUUAGCAUUGCAGGCCUGUUGUCAGUAUUAAGUUCGUACGUGGCUGAUUCAAAGAAACUGAUAGUUUCCCCCACAGCUCCAUCUUUGCUGCAGGCCUCUCAUUGAUAUCAAAAUACAAUAUCAUUAUGUGUAUUUUGGUUCACAGCUGUCUGCAAACCAUGUCUCUGUAUACUACUGCUCUCCAUUGCUGUGCUAAUUGUCAAUUAAGUGAGUCUGUGUGCCAAAGUUCUCCCAUCGGGAUUUACAAGUAAUUGAUUUGGUUGAUUAAUGAAUGAAUUGGUUGAUUACAUACAGUGGAAUAAAACCUCUGUCCUCACCUUACGUCGCUGCAGGAAAAUGUGUCUCUGAAAAGUAUGUAGCUUGCUCUGUCAUGGAUGACAGCAUCUGUAGUCAGCUUGAAUUCAGCGUGGUUGUGAAUGGAUUUAAAUACCGAGAGUCAUGACACAAAAAAGGUCUAUAAACAUUCAUAGAAACUUCUCCUGCAGUGUAAUCCACUUUAACUCUGUCCGUGCAUCCCUGAGCUACAUUUGAUUGACAGCUCGAUGGAUAUACCCACCAAUGACUGAGUGGGGGAGGCGUUUCCUGGGGUUUCCACCCCGAGUCAUCAUUAAUGCUAUUAUACAAGUAUUCUACUGUAUAUGCAUACUGAUGGCUAUAUAUAGAGUCCAUUCAGCAAUUAUACGCGACCUCUAUGGUAAAAUAUCUAGCUGGAUGUAGCAGCUGCUCAGCUGAGCCUAGCUUAACAUAAAGACUGGAAGCCGGGGGAACAACUGAUAGACACAAUUGACCUCCAUGCACAUUCAAAGCUCCCUAAUUAACACAUUAUAUCUCUCUCAUUUCAUCUGUUGAAAAACCAAGGAGUGAAAACCUGAGGACAGAGGGUCCACCGCUGGACAGAGCUCGCUCCUUCCCUGCAGUCUUUAUGCUAAGCUACAUGCUGUAAACCAGAGACGUAUCAAUCUUAACGUCAAAUAAAUAAUGAAAAUAAUGAAUAAGAAAAUGAUUCAUGGUUUCCACCACAGUUGUGUUCUUGUUGGUGGUGAGGCACAGCCUCUCACACAACACCAGUAUUCUAAUCCUCAUUAUCUUCCUAAUUGUUGGUCUUUUGAAAAUGUCACACUGGAAUCAAUAAUGAUUUAAGCACAUUGUAUUCUAUGUUUUCUAUCAUAUUAGAUGUGACUGAUUUCUGACCGGAUGUUUACUGAAAGACUAAUAUCCACCUUAUAGAUCAGUUGAGCACAGUUGAUGCCAUUGGUUGCCUCCUGUUCUGUCAAGGCCACAGGUGUUGAUCGUGUCCUUCAGUCGAACUACUCCUGUCUGUCAUGGAUUUGGGAAAAUAACACUAUUUGCAAAUCAUUUUCUCUCUUGUGACAAAUGAGUCGACAUAAGGAAGUAUAUCAAAAUAUAUGUUAAUCAACAGCUUUUUCUGAAGCACUAAAUAUAUAUAUAUAUAUAUAUAUAUUCAUCAUGCCUUAAAUAUUUAUGUUGUUGCAGUUCUUGUACAAUGAGGAAAGUCUCCUGAAUAACUGGACAGUUAACUGCUUUUUUCAUUCUCAAAUGGACAGUAAAAGGAAACAGGGUGACUGGUGUUCCUGUAUUUUGAAGUCAAGUCAAAUUGUAUUAGUUUUAUACCUGCCUAUACAUUCUAGUUGGGCAACAACACAAGAGAGAGGUGAGAAAAUGAAAUGUAAACCAAAAUUUAUCUUUCAGAUAACUACUCAGUUUAAGUUAAACCACAACUUGUAAGCAAAUGGCUGAAAGUCCAGUUGUAAGGCACGUUGCUGUACCAACGCCCGAUCUAAUGUCAGCCGAUGAGAUUUCUCCCUGACAACCUUUGAUGGAUAGAUGGAAUAUAAUUUCAGCCUCUGGUGCAGCUCUGCUUCUCAGACAUGCUUUUAACAAAUGUCUACUCACCAAACUGAUUUAUUGUACUUUAAAGGACAAUUUUCAAAGACUCUUGAUGUCCCUUGUGUUUAUAAUAUACUUCAAUGUUCAGAUUGUUGUGUCCUCAUAAACCUGCUGAUGGGCUGUGAAACACUGUACUUGACUGUAAUGGAUCUGAAGUGGUGAAAUAAUAAUCAUGAUCAUACUGUAAUGGCUCCUGCAUUGAUUUGAACCUUUGAACAGGUACUCACACAUCCAAAUCCUCUUUUUUGGAUUUAUAUAUGGAGAAUUCUUUUUUGUGUUGCUGGGUAAUGGACGUAUGUGUGUCCAUGUAACUACAUGUUUGUCAUUAAUUGGAUGUUACUGUUUAUUUUCUCCUUACUUGUGAGAAUGCCAUAUCAUCUAUUAAAUGUGGUACGCUCUGAAAA